ACCGCAAGUAAAGACAAGCUAUUUUAUUUAUGCAGUGUAACCCCGUAAACUUUUUUUUUGUAAAUUUGCCUAGCACCAAUCGUACGGUUUUUGCCACGGAACAAUGUUGCCGCUGACGUUAAGUAAUUAGCAACUUAGACCGAAGAAUUAAACCGGCACGUCCGCAACACCUUUCGGUUUCUCGGAAUCCGUUCUCCCGGAUGAAAGAUGGCUAAAAAUUGGCUUGCUCGGAUGAAGAAAAAGUUCCUUCGGCUUCAUCCGGCGUGGCGUGUGUACGUAAUUUUACUCGUGCUCCUGGUGCUGUACAAUGAGGUGUUGAUUUAUGUGUUGCAAAAGUUCAAGUGGUCAAAUAUCUACUGCAAAGAAUCUGGCUGUGUACGAAUACUACUCGUAGCUGAUCCACAAAUCCUCGGUAAAACGAACAACAGGCAAUUCUACGCCGGCCUUGCAAACUACGAUUCCGAUCGCUACCUGGCUUGGUACUACGAGCAGGCGGUCGAGCACGUCCAACCGGACGUAAUCAUUUUUCUUGGCGAUCUAAUGGACGAAGGAACCGACUCGACGGAGUUGCACUUCGAGGAAUAUUACACGCGCUUCGGGGCGAUUUUUCCCACGCACCCUACGGCAAGGACGAUCUACAUCCCCGGCGACAACGAUAUCGGUGGGGACGGUAGGCAACCGCUUAAUCCGUCGGCCAAGCGUCGCUUUCGGCAAUACUUUUCCGAACGCCCGGCGUGGGUCGUCAAUGACAAUCUGACGAUAUACAAUAUCAACCGUAUCACGCUGGAAAUGACGCUCAAGGACCCACGGAUGGUGGACAGCACGGGUGCGGACGUUUCCGAUCGAUACUUACGUAUCUUCGUUAGCCACAUGCCGGUACUCGACACACCCUCGACGUUCACAUCUACGGCCAUUCGCAACCUGAAACCGAACGUAAUCUUCUCGGCACAUUUGCACGUGUCGCAGUACGCUCGCAUACACCGGAGCCGGGUGAAAAUGGUCAACUACCGGCCGCUGAGCCAGGACAAGCGGACGGCCUACAAGGUGCAUUCUUUCGAUCUGAGCUACCAUCAGGACACGCAGGAGCUGCUGGAAAUCAUCGUUCCGACCUGUUCCUAUCGAAUGAGCGUUCCGGACAUUGGCUAUGGUUACGCGGUUAUUGAUGGUACCACGCUCAAGUAUACUGUGUUGUGGACGACACGGCGAUUCUAUCAACUGAUCUCGUACUUGGUUGCGUUUGUAAUCACGGUAGGGCUGUGUCUUGCAUUUGGCCUUUACAAAUUCAUGCGCAAGCACUGCACCUGCCAGCCGAAAUAUAACCGUUUGCCGAUGUGACACUUAGCCAGAUGAUUUAGCUAGAUUUUUCUGUUUUAUGCGGUUAUAGUACUUAAGGCUUGUGGCUUGCAAUUCAAGCGCAGGAAUAAUAAAUAAAUGAUGGCUGUUAAGCAAUGA